AUGUGGAACACAACGGAGCAGAGUUCUAGAAGAGCUAGCCAGGUCAUCAACAGGCGGGCAGAGCAAUACCAGGUGACAAGCGGGAAUGGAGUCAGUAACGUGCAGGCAACAAGGUGCAAAGCGGCAGGCAGGAGGGUGGUGGAGGAACAAGCCUGGGUCACAGGAACACACGUGUUUGCUCUGUGUAUAGAGGCUAAAGGCUACGACUCCGGAAAGAGAGCGAAGUGCGGUAAUGAACCAAAAACACACAUAGAUGUCCAGCUUUUACCAAAACUGCUAUCUUCAGAGACUAUUAAAAAUGCAAGAAACAGCCAAUCAAAAUAUGAAAACAUUCAAGUGUUCUACAAAGACAAUAUCACUAAAAUAGUAAUAAAGCGUCCAGAGAAAAAAAAUGCACUAAGUAUGGAGACAUAUAAAGAAAUUGCUAAUGCCCUUGAAGAAUCUGGAAAAGAUGAUUCUGUUUUCACUGUGUUAACAGGAUAUGGUGAUUACUUUAGCAGUGGCAAUGAUUUAAAUAAUGUCCUUAGAAGAGUCACAGGAAACCUGGAUGACAUGGUAAAAGAAUCAAUCAGUACUGUCAGGAAUUUUGUGUGUAACUUCAUUGACUUUCCAAAGCCACUUGUAGCCAUGGUGAAUGGACCUGCUAUUGGUAUUGGUACAACUAUUCUUGGCUUAUGUGACCUCGUGUAUGCAUCUGACAGGGCUACAUUCAACACACCAUUUAGCAAGCUUGGCCAACAUCCAGAAGCAUGCUCUUCUUAUACCUUCCCAAGAAUAAUGGGCUCAUCAAAGGCUACUGAGGUUCUACUGUUCAACAAGACACUAACAGCCCGUGAAGCUUGCAACCUUGGACUGGUCACUGAAGUUUUUCCAGACAGCACCUUUCAGCAGGAAGUUUGGGCAAGGCUGAAAUCGUAUGCCACCAACCCUAAAACUUGUUUGGCUCUGUCGAAACAGUUGGUUCGCAAUGUGGAUAAAGAGAGACUUCACGCUGUAUGUGAAGAAGAGAUGGAGCUUCUCUCUAAAAGAGCAAAUUCUGAGGACGCUCUCAUUGCCAUACAGCAAUUCUUCUCAAGAAAAUCAAAGAUGUAAUUUUUCUUUUUUUCCAAAUAAAACAUUACUUUCCAGUAAAAAUACAACAUUUUAAUGUCAACUUCAGUGCUAAACAAGUAUAGUGUCAGUAGCUCUCACUUCUAAUUACAGACAAAACAAAUUUUA